UUUUUUUAUAGAGAAGGAGUUGUCCUUGCAUUGGGAAAUCCUCUUUUGGAUAUCUCUGCCACUGUUGAUAAAGAUUUCUUAGACAAGUAAGUUGUAUGAUUUUACUACUUUGUACAGAACCAGAAAUGAUUUCCCUUUACUUGAGUGUUACUGUGGAUUGGUAAAACGUUAAAACAGAGUACACCUUUGAACACCUAUUAUUUAAAAAAGCUUUGGAUUAAAGUUGGGAGAUGCAUCCAUCUGAUCCAUACUUAUUACUCUUGUUUGAGCAUUUUAACCCUUUAACUACCAGAAUUGAUUAACAUGUAAAUUCUCCAUGUAAUAGUCAUAUGUCAUCCAGCAAACAGGCAAUGAGAAAACUCAAACUUGUCAGGUAGAAGUUAUCUUGAUCUAACACCAAAUUCUUGUAACUUAAUUUUCAAGGGAAUAUGUAUCAGCUAGAGGGGAGAAUUAACAAUUAGAUCUUAGGAGAUAAAGGGUUAAAUAUCACCACUGAAUUUCCUUUUGUCCAUUCAAAUUUGACUUUGAUGCAAAUGCUGUUUUGAAAAGGAAACCAAAUGGUUCCUUUCUGUGAGUCCAACUCAGUCAGAUAUAAAACUUUAAUUCAAGCUUGAGCUUUACUGGCUAAGAAAUAAAUUUAUCAGUGAUUGCAUUUGAUUUAUGCCUUUGUUACUUUUUUGCACAUUAUAAUAGGUUUUUCUUUUUGUCUUGUAUUUACAGGUUUGGACUUGAAGCUAACAAUGCUAUUUUGGCUGAAGAAAAACACCUACCAAUGUGAGCUUAGAAUAGAAUUUUAUGCUUAUUGCACAUCAUUCAGAUGAGGUGUUGUGAUUGUUAUUUUUGACUGUUUCAAUAAUUGCAAACACAUCAUUUCAGGUAUCAAGAAAUGACAGAGAAAUUCAAUGCCGAGUUCAUUCCUGGUGGAGCUGCACAAAACAGUAUUCGAGUUACUCAGGUAGCCAAGGAAAGAACUAAACAGGAAUAGAGGCUGUGGUUUUAACCCGGAGCAAAGUAAAAUCUCCUAUAUCUUUGCACUUCGGAUAAAAUCUGAUUUUUCUCAAGUGGUCAAGAUGCCUCAAAUUUUUCACAAAACUAAGCCCAUUGUAUGUAGGAAACCUGUUUUAGUUCAGCAUUCUGUUGGGAUGAAAAGUAAAUCAAUAUUUUCAUGUUAUUCCUAUAGCUACAGUGUAGAAUAAUAAUCCGAAAAAUGUUACAAUGUAGAUUGAUUACAAAAAGGAAAGCUAAUAAGGAAGUGAAAAUGGCACAGGUGCUUUGUGGUCAAAAUUCACUUAUUGUUCUCCAAUGUCUUCAAAAAUGCAAGUUAAAGUGUUUUUUUUAUUAUGAAAAUACGGGUUUCCGCAAAGUAUUGUACCUUGAAAAGUGAUUGAUCGGUUUCUCUUAGGGUAUGGAAUUUGAAAUGUAAAAGAUUCCAUUAUAUGAAAUAAUUUGAUAUUUGGAAAAACCUUGUAUGCAUCUGAACUAUUACCUUUGUGAUGUUGGGUAGUUUGGUUUGGUUGUGGGUGAAUGGCUUCUGUCUGCUAAUUUAUGGCAUUGUAUCAUAGACUUGUCCCAGCCCUAUGCUUUUAAGUCUAAACACAAACUACAGUUUGUUUGUAAUGCUACCAGUCUAAUAUUUAACUGAACCCAAUAUGCUUAAUAACAUGGCAACAUUUGACUAUUGCAGUGGCUUUUAGGAAAGGAUGGCAAAAACACAUCUUACAUUGGCUGUAUUGGUGAGUUUUAAGUUUUUAUUUAGUUUUAUAACCAGGGUUUUUUACUCCCAGGAGUGGAAAUUCUGUGCAUAUUUUUGUGCCAAAUAGAGGCUAUUGUUUAUCUAUUAGGGCCCAGUUGUAUAAAAGGUGGAUAACACCAUACAGUGGAUAAAUUGCUACCCAGUGGAUAACUGUAAACAAAAUGUACUGCGUUAUUCACCAGACAGCGAUAUAUUUAGUGGAUAGCGCCAUCCAACAUCCUAACAACAUGGGCCAGGUAAUCUAACACCAACUUUGAGUCACUAAUUUACAAGGAAAUAUGUAACAGCUAGGGGGGAGAAUUGACAACCAGAUCUUGAAAGUUAAAGAGUUAAGCCCUUUUCUUGUGAGAACUCAGCUAUUUGGAUGCUUACAAAUAUCCAUUUAAUUUCUGUCAAAGUUUUACCUCAAAUAAAUGUUUGGUUAGUAGCAAUCUUCAGCUCUAUGGUUGCUUUUAAACAUUUUUUAACAUUUAUAUAUGAUUUCUAGGCAAUGAUGAUUAUGGGAAAAUUCUGUCUGAAAAGGCCACAGGUGCUGGUGUUACUGUAAACUACUUAGUUCAUGCUAAGGAACCCACAGGAACGUGUGCUGUGUGCAUUACUGGAAAACACAGGUGGGUAUUGAAAAAAAUAAUAGAAAACAGGUGAUAUUUUAGAAGUAAGGUUUUCGUAUUUAUUAAAAGUCUCUGAAGCCAAAUGUUAUGUAAAAAUUUAAGAUGCAGUUUUGUUCAGACUUGACUGUGAAUACCUUGAGCAUACAGGAAUCUGUAAGUAUAUGUGAGGUAGCAAUUACUUUGAUUGAUACCUAAUCGAAUUUACUGAACAUGUCUUGGGACAUGUGGGAGACACCACAGUUAUGUAGGGUUAGCUUGCCAGAACAUUGUGUGGAGAGAUCUGGUUUUAGUUCCAACUAGGUUCAUCACAUUGGGUCCCUGGGCAAGACACUUGACUACCUUGCUGCUUCUCUCCCACAUUGCUUUUCUUUCAACCUGAGUAACACUGGUGGACUGUAAGGGAAAACAGGGAAUUGUUUAGGAUGUAACAUAUUGGCUCCACACUCAGUUAACCCAUGACACCCUAACAUCAGUAUGUAAUUUAUCCAUACUGUUCAUUAUACAUUUCGUAGGGUUCUGAAAAGGAGAAUUUGUUUAACAGGCAAGAGUUCUUUAGUUGUUGAUCAUUUCCCUAAUCUCAUAACCUUAAUGUUUCAUUCAGGGCUGAUAUUGUCAGGAGAAGUUAGAUGCCAGUCACUCUUAGGGGUUAAAGGGUUAAACUGGAAUAAACUUGAGGACCUAUGCAAGUUAUUUUUAUCAGAAAAGUCAACUGAUGAAAAGUGUAAAUUAUUAAGAACUCUUGCUUCUAGGUCUCUAGUUGCCAACCUUGCUGCAGCCAACCAUUACAGCAAAACAGAGCACUUGGAUAAACCAGAAAACUGGGCUUUUGUUGAGAAGGCUGAAAUUAUUUAUAUUACUGUAAGUGCAGAUUAAAAAAGUUCAUCUCAAAACAAUUUUAUUGAUUGAUGCUACAGAAAGAAAUACAGGUCAAAGAUAUUUUGACUAAUAAUGACAAUUACAAUUUCCUCAAUUGUGACUAGUUUAAAAAACUCCUCUUUUCAGCUUAUUCACUUGCCAAGUUGUUAUCAGACAGUUUGUUAUUGGACAGUCAAUAAGCUAAUCACAUUUAAAGUUGUAGUUUAAAUCAACCAAUCACAACAUUAAACAAUCUUUAAAUGCAAAAAAUCAAUAUCCCCUUUCUUUCACAACUUGGCUAUUCUUCUUCAAAUUGUAAUUUAUAUGAUUAACUGGCAAUAAGACUGAGUGGAGUCCGAUUUUGUCCGUAAUCAUACUUGUGAUAAACAAAUGGGACUCCCACUAUGAGGUUGUCCAAUUUUGGAUAUCACUUGUUUGAUUACAGGCCAUCUGCUUUUGUUUUCUUGCCAGUGCAAAGUACACUCAGUCAUGUCAUACUUCACCAACUUGUACAAACAUCUGUAAUGACAGCCAUGAAUCCUUCCUUUGGCAGUUAUUCUUGUUAGUUUAAUAAUUAAAAGAUGUUUACAGAAUGAUAUAGUUUAUAGGUCUGGUCCUUUGAUUUAUUUCCUUAUUAAUAAUGUUUACUCCUGUACAGGGCUUUUUCUUGACAGUAUCUCCAGAAUCAAUUGUGACUGUAGGCAAACAUGCUGCUGAGAAAAACAAGGUAUUCCUAUCAUUAUAAAAGUUAAAGACAACAAAAAACCCACUCAAUUAACUCUUUAAUUCCUGUGAGUGACCAAGACAGAAUUUCUCCUUACAAUAUCAAUACGAUAUUAAGCAGACAAGUAAUGAGAAUAAAGAAAAAUAUCAGGGGAUUAUGAUGUGAUCCAACACUUAAUUCUCCAAACUAACAUCACAAGAACUAUGUGGCAGACAGUAAGGAGAAUUACUAGUGAGAUCUUGGGAGUUAAUGGGUUAAUUGUGCUUUGAACCCAAGAUGUGGUUUGGUAACCAUUAUCUGGGUGCCAUAGAAUUGAACUCCUCCAGAGCGUAAAAUUUUCAGGCUUAAUCAUGUUGUGCAUUUUUUCCAAUUUCAGUUCACCUGUGAGGAACAUCCGUUAUUUUUUGUCAUCCGAAAUGUUGACCUACAUGUGAUCAUUUAUUUGUGAGUUAAGAACUAAUUUUAUUUUCUCUGAAUUGUAGAUCUUCACAAUGAACCUGUCCGCACCAUUCUUAUGUCAGGUCUUCAAAAAACCAAUGAUGGACGCACUACCAUAUGUGGACAUUCUGUUUGGAAAUGAGACAGUAAGUGCAUUAAGUCCUUGGACCCCUUAACCAGCCUUUUUCGUUCAAUAAUAGAAAAGAGAUCCUUUUUGUUGUAAGGGCUGCGAAGUACUACCAAAUUGAACAUGUUCUUCGGGCUUUUACUCCAAUUUCUAAACGAUCUUCGUGUGUCCAUACGUAUAAAAAUACAAAUUUAAGUUAUUUUGCCUUUUCCUGAAAUUUCUUCACGAGAAACUUCGAGUUACAUGUUGACUUAAUCGCCGCGGACCCGGUGGAAACCAUCGUUACACUCUUAUUGGUAACAAUCGGAGUUAUUUUUUCUUCGAGUAUGCCAGUGCUGUUCACUGAAUGACAUUUUCUUUCACUUCACACUAGGCAUAAAAUUCACCAUCUUCAUUUGCAUAAUCAUUGCACAUUAGCAUCACAUAUCGACAUUCCUAUCUUAGCAUUAUAUUGAAGUUUUUCACCAUGGAUCCCUAGUUGAACGGCCUAGCCUACAACGAUUCUCCUAUCGCUCAGUGGUGCAGCAUCCGAAGUACAAAUCGGAAGGUCAUAGCUUCGACUCCUGUUUGGAGCACUCGGAUUUCUUUUUCUUAGAGUAUGCCUGUCAUCUCCUUUCAUCCUUACACUUUGUUUUCCUGUUGCUUUUCUUUGUGUACCCAGUUGUAAUCUGUGAUUUAAGUGUUACCGAAGAAAAUGAGUAUGACAAAUUAUCUGGCAUUUUCCCUGCCUUUGGAAAAAAAUGUAUUUCGCAACUAAAACUCAUGAAAUUUAAUUUUCUUCCUCUUGCAGGAAGCUGGUAUUUUCGCCAAAGAGCAAGAACUUGGAGUAAGUGCGAACGUGUUUUUAACGUAUGUGUCACUAUUUUUCAUCACCACUGACAAUACUUUCCUCCAAGUAAGUUGCAGGCUGCAAAGGAUUAGGAAUUGGUGCAUACCUUGCUAGUGAGAUCCAAUAGGACGCUUUUGUGCAGACUAUCCUGAGAAUGGAUUGAUAGUUUAACAGAAAUUGAUCUUCAGCGACAGGGGUCCGACACGAUCAAUAGAGGCGAUGGAGAUUUCUUAGGCUCUGUAGUCCUAUCUUGCGAUCAGUUGGGAGGGAAACUUGGAUUACGUUUGUUACGUAAUAGAUCUGGCACAACUAAUUGUAGGAGCGAGCGUUUAGGGAAGUCAUCCUAUUUUCGCACGUUUUUGCCUCUAUUCCUUUUUUGGCGUGUGCCUCACCUCAAAUUGCCCACACCUUUCUAUCUGAAAACCUGGCCUAAACUGCGCACAGGUCAAACAAUGAUCAUUUCUUGUGUUAUCAACAGACAGAAGACUUGAAAGAAAUUGCGAUUAAAAUAGCAGCACUUGACAAAGUUAACAAAGACCGGCCGCGAAUCGUGGUGAUAACCCACGGAAAGGAACCGACUCUCGUUGUUAGAGGUAGGAACAUACUAUGGUACGCACCGUCCAAAUCUCAAAAUUUUACUUACCAGUGUACAUAAACAAUAGCAAGUAGAACUCUGUGAUUGGUCCAUAAAACUCGCGCCACUUUCUCAACCAAUCAGAUGCAAACCUAAAUUAAUCACGAUAAUUUGGUUGAACAAAUAAGCUGAUGAUGUAGAUUGGCCACAGUAAAUAGUUUCUAAAGUUGACGUUUCGAGCGUUGGCCCUCUGCUCUGAUGGAGGGGUGGCGUUCAGCUUUAGAAACUUUUUACGGUGGCCAGUACACGUUAUCAACUCAGUUUUUAAUACAAAUUUUGUGGUUAUACUCCUCCACCGACGCAGCAGCGCGGUUUCUUUAGAAAUUUACUCCCUUUAUUAAUUUGUAAAUUAAUCACAACUUGGUUGCCCGCGCUUUCCCGCUCCAGUAAAUAAUUUCCCUUCUUCUGAUUGGCCGCGCUCUAUUUUCAGAGUAGGAGUAAUCCGAGAUCGUUGGCUUCUAGUUACUUGUACUAAGUUAGUGUUGUUUCCCAAAGCUAAAGCAAUGUAGACUGUGUAGGUCACAAUCUCGUAGUUUUUCAAAUUGUCAAAGAAUACCUCGCUCAAGCCACGUGGAAAUACGACUGAGAAGGACUAGGGUUCAUUUGCCUUAGUCCCUUUAUCUCCGCGGUUAUUGAAAUAUCGUCGCGGGUUUUUUUUUUUCAAAAUGGGACCUGGGUUGUAGCUGGACCUGGUGUAUUCUGCUACAAAAGUCAGGGCGUGAAAUUGCGCCUAAUACAGGCGCCAAUGCGACUAAAUUUUUCACUUUGGCGACCAAAUCCUGAAAGUUAGUCGCCAAAUUGGCGACUAGAACGUUUCAUCAUAACCUUACCAAGAGAUAUAGUGAAUUAAAAAUAUUUGCAAAGAUAAAUCCGCGGCAAACUUCCUCAUUAAGUUUGUUUCUAAAACGUAGCACGUGCUUCUCGAUCGACAACUAGAGCCAUCUUGGAUUUAGAUGAGCCUGAACGUUGUAUAUCAUCCAUCCUAGUGUCCACUUUGUAGCACGUUAAAGAUCUUUUCCCUAACUUAAUUUUGGGGGGUCUAUCUAGAACGCUGACAGCGUAAAGAAAGAUUUUGUUUGUCUUUGAAAAUGGCGACCAACUUUUUUUGAAUUGGCUACCACUUUGAAGAAUUUAGGAGCCAAGUGGCUAUCAGAAAAAAAAGUUAAUUUCACGCCCUGAAAGUACGCUAUACAUACUUACUAACUUUCAUGUCUAUCUAAUCACUGCUCCAAUUGCCACGGAGUGCGGCAAAGAUCUGGGGCCCGUUUCUCGAAAGUCUCAGUAACUGAACGGGCGCGAAGCCAAUUUUUUUAAAUCAAAGUUUAAAGAAUAGAAAAGCAGGUUCUGGCUCCCUAACCAUUCCAUUUUCUUUCUUUAGCUGAUAGUUUUAUUAUAGAAUUUUCAAAACUUUUAAAACCCCCAUAUUGAAGGAGAACAUACAAGCUUUAGCAGCCCUUCCAGGAAUUUGCCUCAGGCUGGCAAAAUGCUAAAAAAAAAAAAAGGGAAAGAAAUGUAGAAGAUUGACUCGGAAUGCAAAUAACGCGUCAAACUUUCUAAGAUACCCAAAACUGCGGUUUGUCGACUGGUUAACCUUCCUGUGACCUGGUUUCAGAUGGUAAAGUCACAGAAUAUCCAGUGAUAGUGAUCAAAGAGGAAGAUAUCGUAGAUACAAACGGAGCUGGUGACGCCUUUGUUGGAGGUGAGAUCGCUUAGACGUAGUUAGUCCUCUUUACCGCCGUUGUUUAGUCUGGCUACGCAAGGGGGAGAGCACUGAGAACGAGUUAUGUUAACUAAACAAAACAACGACUGCGAAAAAGACGAACGUUUAGCCACUAUAUAUCAAAACUUCAGCUGAGCUCCAUGUUAAUUCUUUCUUCAGCUCUGCCUCCUUGUUUACUAGAAUGAAAAAUUCUGUCCUCUGUCCAUCAUUUCCAUGUGUAAUGCUUGCUCACACCCAUUUGAUAAAGAGCUUUGCAUUUUAGUACUAUUCAACUUUGGAAAGAAGCCUAAACCUUAACUAAAGUUUUAAGCUUCUAAUUCAAUUUUUCAUACGUUUUCUGACUUUCAAAAUUUAGGGUCGAUUUACUUUUGUUUUGCUUUGUUAUGGAUUUAAAUUUAAUAAAGUUAGAUAAACCUCCGCAACUAACUUUGAAACCUGGCUUUUCGAGAGAUAGCUUUACAAGGGAAUGUAUGUCAAUGUGUAAACUGAUUGUUCUGUACAACGAUUACAGAACUUCUCUAUUUAUGAAGAAUUAAGAAUUUCAAAGCAAUAUUUUCUUGCAGGUUUUCUUAGUCAGCUCGCCCAAGGAAAGCCAAUUGAUGAAUGUGUCCGCUGCGGUCACUAUGCUGCCAACCAUGUGAUACAGCAGUCAGGUGUCACGUUGACUGACUUAACAAGCUUUUCAUGAUCUUUCGAAACUGCAACAUUAUUUCAGGCUCUGUAGGAAUCAUUUGAAAUAAAUUAACUUCGUGAGAAGCUUCUUGUGAUUUGCUUUGUUCUACGGUUUGCGCAGGCUCAGAUAUGUAAUUUCUGUCCUAUGAGUGAGCACCGCUGACUAGCCUUUCUCUGUUAAUAACGUUGUAAAGUUUUUUUACAUCAUAAGAUUAAUGUCAUUAAUUUUAAGACGUCGUUAGUUUUGAGACGUCAUUAAUUUUAUUGACGUCGUUAAGUUGGUUAACGACGUCGUAACAGGCCUUGAAAUCUGGUUAGUCGUUUUGUUAAACUAAGUCUUCUUUAUUGGCUGGGAAAAAGAUCCGAUUCAGGCAGAAAACGGUGCGAUUCGAGACUAAAUCACACCGAUGAGAGCCAAUCAUACUCCAAGGAUCACCAGUGAUUUCAAAAUAGAUGUCAUUAUAUUUAAUUUUUGACGCGUCUUGGUGAUAGAUGUAGAAGCGGUUACUCGCAGUUAGAUUUUGGUACUAAAUUUUUUGGUACUAAAUUCUAAAUCUUGAAAAGGGGUGUAAAGUGCUUAGAACAGCAAUGUAUCGGCGCCGUAGAGGUUAUGUUACUAUUAUUAUUAUUAUUAUUAUUAUUAUUAUUAUUUUCAUUUAUCAUGCCAUCAUAGCAUUUAAGAAGUCUCUAAUUUCAGUAAGAACUUAAAUUUUUUGACGAUUACAUUAGUUUUUAUUGCGAUUUACAGUUUAUGACGUCUGUACUUUAAACAGAGUCGUUAAGUUUGUAAACGUUUGUUAAUGUUAAAGACGCUGUUAAUUUUAAGACGCUAUUAAUUUUACUCUGGAGUAUACUUAGUAUUUUACUCAGCCAAAUAGACCCCUAACAAUACCGCGGUUCCCUCUCGAUUUUCGUAUCUAUCUUUCUCGCACCUUUUCCCCCAGAUAUGUUGUAAGCCAGAAACAUGACGUAACUGGCAGCUAUCUCUGUUUUUAAGACAUUAAGGUCUGGAUACACCAAUAAAUGAAUUAAGGCCCUCCUGAAAAAGAUUCUAGGGCUCAAUUCUACAGUACUUCCUUUCCCAGUUGUCAAUUCGUUCUCUUAGCGCGCGCGAAAAAAUUGACGCGCGCGACAUUAGGAUAAACGUCACAUUCAGGGAUGACUCGUCAUAAAGGAAAACCGGAUCAUCAAUUGGAAAGCAUCGUUUGCAGAGAAGAGACGUGUUGCACGUUUGACCGAAGAAAAAUAAUCAGCUUUUAGAGGUUACUAGAGUUGUUGCUUCGAAUAUUGGUUGACAAGGAUUUUUUGCCCUAUACAAGGUGAGGAAACGAACAGUACAUUUGUGAUUAAAAGUAGAAAUGAUCAGAUCUUUCAUUGCUCAUUCGCUGGAAGUUUGUACUCAAAGGAGCGAGUUUUUUUUUUACCACAGGAGGGAUGAAAGUUACGAUCGUUUUAAUCUGUUUUUUGCUGGCAACGGCAAGUCCCACUGGAGAGCGGAGUGCUAAAUUCAGCCACUCCCUAUCCAGUCACGCUAGGUAUCUGACGCAUCUGACAACAGCCAGUGGUAAGAAAAACUUAAAUAGAUAUAGAAAUAGUUUUCAUAUCUUUAUACGUGCGCAAUGAUUGGUCAAUUUAGCGGGUUUUAUUUAACUAUGCGGCUCGUUUAAAUUUAAACGUUCCCCCUCUGUUUGAACCCAGAGAUAUAAUAAAUACCUCACUAAUCUUGUUUUCUCGGUUCGCACUAUAAGUUGAGGAACGUCGCUUUUUUCACUCCAAUUUAUGGCCCACGCGCUUCGCGUUUGUUUCUGUCAAUGGUGAAUGAUUAUGCCAAGAACACUAACAAGAAGAACGCAUGUAAAACACUGAGAACAGGCUUUGCUGAAAAAAAGAAAAAAACAACAAACAAACAAAUUUAAAAAGAAAGCAAUCGAGGCUGUUGCUCUAUUGUUUCGGUUUUCAUCAAGUUUAUCUUUACUAAAUUUUUUCACAACGAAGAUAUAUUUGCUCCUAAUUUUACUUGUGAUCAUGCAUAAAUAAACAGGCUCUUUGGCAUUUUUUUUCCAGAUUUCCUGUUUCCUACAAUAUUUACUGUUUGUGGAAGUCUUUUGGCAUUGUCACUGGUAGCAGUACACACAAAAAGUUAUGUUUGGCUUCGAAAUGACAAAGUUGAGAAGAAUGGCGCCCGUUUGGAUUUCUCACCUGGUCCCGUUAUCCCUCUUUACGUCCAUCGUGUCACGCAAGAAAGAAUGCAAUCAGCCGCUAAACGCUCUGUCACACAAGUCAAUAGGCUCCCAGCGAGCUCAGCGAGCACUGUUAAGGAGGCUACUGAAGGUGACGGUCGGGAACUGUGGAAGAAACGGCGACAAAUGCUGCGCGAGAAAAGAAAAGAGAGACGUGCAAAGGGACCGCUCAUUGAUCCCGAGGUACUGAAAAGAAUCAACCAGGAGUGGCAGUUGAUUUACGGGUUCACAAACAGAGAUCUAUUCCACAUUGAAAACGAGUUAGAAAAUACGGUUGCCAAGAUUCGCUCUGUUUAUUCCAAGAAAGACAAGGCUAUCAAAUUUGACGAUUCCGUUCACGUUAUGUUUGUCGAGAAAGAAAACAAAGGACGUCGGGUGAAGAGAUCGCGAAAAAUGGAAAAACAUGCCACGAAAUGUGACACAGAAUCUCAUUCAGCAGCUUAUAUUCAGUUUAUUGUUUGA